UUUUUACAGUUCGAUAUUCCGAGUUCUAUCGUCUCAAUUAAAGGCAUGAUAAAUUUUCUAUUUCAUUUCUCGGAGUUCUAAGGAGUUCUCACAUAAAAUAAUACACACUGCAUAAAAAGACCUACUCCAAACUCGUCUACCCAGAAUCCGUUAACGUAUACCCAAAUCCGAAUGACGUUGGAGUUAACAGGAAUAUACUUGCUGCUUCUUGGAGAAAGUGUUCUUAAGUUUGAUGUUCUUACCACUCCAACACUUCUCAUCCUUUUUCAUUAAUUAAUUAAUUAUAAUUAAUUUCCCAUUUUCUCAGAAAAAAUGUUUUUUCACCGGUAAAACCAAAACACCGCACAGUAGUAGCAGAUCAAUUUUCCCGAGAAAAUUUAGACGCUUGCUACCAUUUUUAACUUUACAGAGCUUAAAGUUCAGCUCAGAAGUAUAGUAGCUGAGUUAACUUUUCCGACAGCGAUGUGGAACCUGGCACGAUUUGGCGCCACCGCCGUUGCCAGAUCGAGUCAGCCGUUCUCGACGGCGAUUCCCGGCCCUUUCAUUGUUCACAAGCGCGGUGCUGAUAUCCUCCACGAUCCUUGGUUCAACAAGGAUACUGGGUUUCCUUUGACUGAACGGGACCGAUUGGGGCUUAGGGGACUCCUUCCUCCUCGUGUCAUUUCAUUUGAGCAGCAAUAUGAUCGGUUCAUGAAUUCAUACCGGUCUUUGGAGAAGAACACUCAUGGACAACCAGAUAAAGUUGUUGCCCUAGCCAAAUGGAGAAUCUUGAACAGACUGCAUGACAGGAACGAGACAUUGUACUGCAGAGUGCUUAUUGAUAAUAUUAAAGAGUUUGCCCCUAUAAUAUAUACUCCUACAGUUGGAUUAGUUUGCCAAAAUUAUUCUGGGUUAUUUAGACGUCCACGUGGAAUGUAUUUUAGAGCCAAAGAUAAAGGAGAGAUGAUGUCGAUGAUCUAUAACUGGCCAGCUCCCGAGGUAGAUAUGAUUAUGAUUGUCUUGACAAACGGUAGUCGAAUCCUUGGCCUAGGUGACCUUGGAGUUCAGGGCAUUGGAAUACCAAUGGGAAAACUUGACAUUUAUGUUGCUGCUGCCGGUAUCAGCCCGCAAAGAAUACCUCCAGUUAUGCUAGAUGUUGGAACCAGCAAUCAAAAGCUACUUGAAGAUCGUCUUUAUUUAGGACUUCGACAACCAAGGUUGGAAGGUGAAGAGUAUCUAUCAAUUGUGGAUGAAUUCAUGGAAGCUGUUCAUGCUCGAUGGCCUAAGGCCAUUGUGCAGUUUGAGGAUUUCCAAAUGAAGUGGGCUUUUGAAACUUUGGAACGAUAUCAUAAAAGGUUUUGCAUGUUUAAUGAUGAUUACAGGGCACUGCUGGUGUUGCUCUUGCUGGAAUAUUGGGAUCUGUAAGAGCCCAAGGUCGGCCAUUGUCUGAUUUUGUAAACCAAAGGAUAGUUGUGGUUGGAGCUGGGAGGGUCUUGUCACAACUGAUAGGAAUAAUCUAGAUCCAGCUGCAGCUCCAUUUGCUAAAAACCCAAGAGACCUAGAAGGGCUCACUGAGGGUGCUAGUAUAAUUGAAGUGGUAAAUUUAAAGGGUUCAUUGAGCAAAACUCUUGUGUCAAGGGUUAUGUUAUGAUAUUGAAAACAAUUAUUUUGGUAUAAGAUUACUUAACCAUCUACCUAUGGUGAUGCUGAUCUUGAGGGUUCACGCAUAGUCAUAUUCAUACAUCAAAAUUGAUUGUUGAACAUAUUGAUGUUUAGGUGAAGAAGGUUAGACCACAUGUUCUCCUUCGUUUGUCUGGGGUUGGUGGCAUUUUCAAUGAGCUGACUGCUAUUGAUGCUUUUAAGCAUGCCGGAGGAGAUAUUGUAUUUGGAAGUGGAAGCCCUUUCGAAAAUGUAGAUCUUGGUAAUGGAAAAGUGGGUCAUGUAAAUCAGGCCAACAACAUGUAUCUGUUCCUAGGAAUCGGUCUAGGAUCAUUUUUGUCAGGUCCUCGGCUAAUAACAGAUGGAAUGUUGCAGGCUACUGCUGAAUGAGGAAGAUAUCGCAAAAGGAAUCUUGUAUCCAUCCUGAUUCGUCCGUGUAUUGAGAUGACCGAGUUUUAGCACUUCUGAGCAAGUUGUCAGCAGAGAGGAAGAGCUAUACGUCGGCCGGGAACAAACACUGUGGCGGAAAUACCUGCAAAAGAUACUCCGACACUCAAGUCAAUAAUAAUCUCAAGUGAGUGUAUUAAGUAAAAAUACAAAGACUAAGAAUAGAACCUGCAUUAAGCCGAGAAUACUAGCUCGGCUUUAUAGGUGUUGGUUUGCCCGUUUCCUGUAGAUCAGUCCGAAUUUAUGGGUUGGUUAUCGUCUUCUGUUUUGGUGAUCUGCUUUGUUUAAGCACGUUUCUUAUUUUUUGGA